AUGCCUUUUCCAGCUGGGGGAAAUAUCGCCAGCUCUCCGCCUCUUGCUGCUCUGCGCGCCUCGGAUCUACUGUUUCAGCAGCAGCUGCAGCUGUUGCUGCAGCAGCAGGCGCAGCAGCAACAGAUGCAGCAGACUCAGCAACAGCAGGCGCAGCAGCAACAGACGCAGCAGAUGCAGACACAGCAACAGCAGUUGCAGCAACAGCAGGUGCAGCAACAGCAGGUGCAGCAGAUGCAGACACAGCAACAGCAGGCGCAGCAGAUGCAGACACAGCAACAGCAGAUGCAGCAGACACAGCAACAGCAGGCGCAGCAGCAACAGCAGAUGCAGACACAGCAACAGCAGCAGCAAAUCGAACGGCAGCAACAGCAGCAGCAACAGCAGCAGCAGCAACAGCAGCAACAGCUGCAACAGCAACAGCAA